AUGUUAGAGGUGAUUUGGCCUGGUUGUGACAAUACAAAAUCAAAUUUAUUAUCUUUAAAAACCUUUUUGGAAGAAAUUUUAAAAAGAUCAAGAACUUCAUGUUCAACCCUUCAAACUGCAUUAUUUUACUUAUUUAGAAUUAGGCCGAAGAUUGAAAUAUUAAAAGAACAAAUUUAUAAAAUAUCUCCAACAGCGCCUAUAACGGCGAUACUUUGUUGCAGAAGAAUGUUUUUAAUUUCGUUGAUAAUUGCAUCAAAAUAUCUUCAAGAUCGUAAUCACUCCAACAAAGCUUGGUCGAAAAUAACUGGUCUAGCUGUCAAAGAAAUUAACUCUUAUGAAAUAUUUUUUCUGCGAUUGAUCAAUUACAAUUUAUACGUCACCUAUGACUCUUUUGAAAAUUGGUGCGUUUUAUUGUUAAGCAAUAUUCGAUCGAUAUCAGGCGAAGGAUUCAUACAACAUGACGGCUUCAAGAAGUUAGAAAAUCAAGACAAAGUAAAUUCAUUCAGAGAGAUUUUAAAUUCAUUAAAUAUAGAAAGUUUAUAA